AUGUCUCCUCACUCAUCAUCCCUGUCCGCUGCUCCACCGACCCCCAAAAUUUCCAAUAACGACAGCCAGAUCACCGGCCACGACGAUCACCCUGACGCACCCUUGCCAGCCGGCCCAUACUGCUAUCGCGAUGACCCGGACGCCGAGCCGGACUCGGAGCGGGAUGACCUAACCCCAUACGAGCCGCGGCCAAUUGAGGACGAUGGCGCGGCACUUGAAGCGUCUCGGCCACGGAGCGCGUGGCGGGCGCAGGCGCGGGUGUUCUGGCUGCGCAACAAGGGCAUGUUCCUCGUGCUGCUGGCGCAGAUGUUCGGGGCCAGUAUGAAUGUGAUGACGCAAGUGCUGGAGAUUCAUAGCUCGAUGCACCCCUUCCAGAUCCUGUUCGCUCGGAUGUCUAUCACCGCCGUCGCCAGCUAUCUCUACAUGUGGUACGCGCGCGUGCCCGCCCCCUUCGGCACUCGGCCUGUGAUCUGGCUGCUUCUGAUCCGCGCUACGUGUGGUUUCAUGGGCGUGUAUGGACUGUAUUACUCAGUGCAGUACCUGGAGCUGUCGGAGGCGACAGUGAUCACGUUCCUGGCCCCGAUCCUGACCUGCUACGCGUGCUCUCUGCUGAUUCCCGGCGAGACGUUCUCGCGGCGGCAGCAGCUGGCGGCGCUGGUGUCGCUGGCCGGCGUCGUGCUCAUUGCGCGGCCGUUCUCGACGCGCGCUCCCAGAAACUCGAGCCCGGGCUCUGGUCCAGGGGCUGGCGACAGCGCUGGCACUGGGGAUGAAAGCCCCGACGCGGCGGAUUCGUACCACCACUUGCUGGCGACGGUGGUCGCGUUCGUGGGGGUGCUCGGCGCGGCGGGCGCGUAUACGUCGAUCCGGAUGAUUGGGCGGCGGGCGCACCCGUUGGUAUCGGUGACCUACUUCUCGAGUGUGACAACGGUGAUCUCGUUCGUGGCGAUGCUGCUGCCGUGGAUACCGUUCCGGCUGCCGGCGACGGGGCUGGAAUGGACGUUGUUGACGGGGCUGGGCGUAUGCGGAUUCUUGCUGCAGUUCCUAUUGACGGCGGGCCUGAGCUAUGUGCCGCCGGCGUGGGUGGGCAGCGUCAAGGCGGGCCAGGGGUCGCGGGCGACAUCGAUGGUGUAUACGCAGAUGCUGUUUGCGCUGUUCUACGACAAGGUGGUCUGGGGCAGCACGCUGUCGCCCGUGAGUUGGGCGGGGUCCGGACUGAUCCUGGCAUGUGCAGUGUAUGUGGCGCUGGUGCAGGAGGGUCGAUCGGAGCCCAAGGUGGUAGGCGCUGAAGAAGAUCAUCCGCGGUUCAAGGACGGGAAUGAUGAGGAGGCAGCAACUCCAGCUGCACGAGGAUGA